AUGUCAUUUAAUUUGGAAAAUGUUCAUUCUACUUCAAAAGAAGUGAUAGGACUUAUUUUGCAGCAAGCGACGAUUGCAGGCUUUAAUAAUAAUUUAUUAUAUGCAGUUAAAAACUGUCAAAUUUCUCAACAUCCAGAGUAUGCAACAUUUACAAAACGGUUUCAAUUUCUCAAGAACUUUCCAUCGACCUUACCUGAUAAAUUAAAAUUAUCUGAAGUAGGAUUUUUCACUAAAACUAGAGAUUCAGUUCAAUGUUUCUAUUGCAGCUUAAUAUUAAGUAAUUUGGUUAAUGGAGAUUGUCCGUAUCGCAAGCAUGCAAAAUUUUCUAAUCUAAUGGCCGUUCAUCAAUAUAAAGAUACUUUAAUAUUUGAUAAACCAAUUUAUGUGGGGUCUGCAAUUUUAGACGUAUCGAAAAUAUUUAUGUAUUCAUUUCACUAUGUUAUAAUGAAAUAAAAAUAUGGUGAUAAAAUAAGUAUUUUGUA